AUGGGAACCAACAGCAAGACAUGCCGCAUCAUUUCGAAGCAGAACAUUCGCUACUCUGGUAUAAUGCUCAGCAUUGAUGCUGUAGCUCAGAAGAUUCGCGUAACCGAUGUAAGAUGUUAUGGAACGGAAGAUAGACCGACAGACAUGUUUGUGCCUCCAAUGGCCCAUUCGUUUGGACUCAUCGAGUUCAACGUGAGCGAUCUAUCGGACCUCAAAUUCGAGGAUCCUAUCCCGGCACCUGAACCUCAGACCGCACCUCCACCAUCCGCAGCGGUGGCAAAUCCGCCGGUCGCACCACCACAGCAGACCCAGUAUCAACAACGUCCGAUGCAAGACAACAAGCCUGUACAACAGCAACAACCAGCAGCUCCCCCCACCGCUCCCGCUGCCAACUUUAGCGCAGAGAAAGCAAUGCCACCAGGUUUCUCUGGCCACCAACUUCCUAACCAACAACAAGCGAGCGUGAACGCUUCUCAGCCUCCUCGUCAGCAACAGAAUAAUACUGAUUCUCUUACUCGCUCCAUGGGUGCUAUGAAGAUUAACAACGGUCAACACGGCGGUCCUUCGCCCACAGGUGGGCAAGCGACGGGCUCGGCGCCACAACAGGGUGGUCGCGGACAGAGCAAUCGCCGAGGUCGCGGUGGAAGGCCAAAUGGAACUCACCAUGGCCAACAUCAACGUGCUGAUCUCAAAAUUCCCUCCACCGACUUUGAUUUCGAAGCAGCGAAUAACCGGUUUGACAAAUCCGCUGCAACCAAGCAUCAUCAGCUCCUUCAAGGGACGACACCUCCAACCGUUAAUGAAGAGACGCCAGAGGAGCCCAAGAGCGCAGAUACUAAAGAGGACAAGGGCUACAAUCCCACCAAGUCCUUCUUCGAUAAUCUUUCUUCCGACUUGACCGCGAAAAAGCCUUCGAAUCGCGGCGGCACUGCUGGACGUGGUGCGGGCGAGGAAGGAGCUGGUGGACGCGGCCGUGGUCGCGGUCGCGCUCGGAGAGAAGAAGAACGCGAGAAGAAUGUCGAGACGUUUGGAGAACCUGGCGGCGUUGGCUUGAUGGGACCAGGUGCUUACAUUGGUGGCUAUGGAGGACAACGCGGCAAGAGGAGACGUGGAGCUCCUCGUGGUGGUGGACGUGGCGGAGGCGCACCCAGAGUGACAGCACAGAAUAGCUGA